AUGGCAGGAAAGCGUCCAACAUCUCCACGCAGUACUGCAUCCGUUCAAGUAGUGAUUCGGUUAAGACCACUGAAUGACAGAGAAAAGAAGCAUGGAACUCUUCCGGUGGUAUCUGCUUCAACAGCAGACAAGAGUGUGACAGUAAUCAAAGGGAAGGGGUCCCAUCAAGCACGUUCUUCGUAUGGUUUCGAUAAUGUCUUCACUGCAUUCUCAUCACAAGAAGAAGUCUUUGAUGCCACACUGAAGCCAAUCAUUCGUGAUGUAAUGAUGGGUUUUGAAUCGACAGUAUUUGCCUACGGUCAAACGGGAACUGGAAAAACGCAUACAAUGGAAGGUGACCUCGACAACCCAGAGAUGCAGGGAGUAAUUCCUCGUUCUGCAAAAGCAAUAUUUGAAGCUCUGAAGACUCCAGAUUAUUCCCACUUUUCAGUUUCUUGUUCGUUCCUAGAAAUCUACAAUGAGGAGCUGUGCGAUUUGUUGGCUGAUCCGGAUUCCAGUGGUCCAAAGCUAGACAUCAUGGUUGGCAAAAAUGGUCCAUUCUGUCGUGGUCUUUCAGAAUCUCCAGUCGAAUCAGCAGAUGAUGUUUUUGCCUUAAUGCGCCGGGCUCAAAAUCAACGCCAAGUUGGGGAAACAAAUAUGAAUAAGCAGUCUUCGCGUUCACAUUGUAUUUUCACGCUGAAGAUUGAUGCGAAACGAGUACUCGAGGAUGGUAGCGUAUUGGAGGUUGGAGGCAAACUGCAUUGCGUCGAUCUAGCAGGUUCUGAAUGCGCAAAGUCGGCAGACUUGGAGAAAGGAAAUGACAGCCAGGCUGCAAGAGAAAGAGAGCGAAAGAACAUCAAUCAAUCCUUGCUCACUUUGGGAAGAGUAGUAUCCAUGCUGAAGGAACAAAGCCAGAGCAAAAAAAAGACGAAUGUCCGUAUUCCAUACAGAGAUUCAAAAUUGACACGUAUUCUUCAAGAGUCACUCGGUGGGAGAUGCAAGACUUGCCUUAUCGCAACGAUCUCUCCUUCUGUUACUGCAAUUGAAGAGUCCAUGUCGACAUUAAACUAUGCACACGCUGCUAACGGAAUUGUUAAUAAGCCCGUCACGACUUCUUUCAUGAGCGGAUCGUCUUCUGUAUCUGGUGAGCUUCUCAAAUCAUCUUCUGGAGGAGGGAAGAAUGAAACGGGAGCUGUGGAGCACUGGAGAGAUAUGGAAUGUAGACUAGAAUAUAUGAAAGCACAAGUCGAAGAGGCCCAACAAGCUCUAGCACGGAAACAUUUGCAGCAACAAGAAUUGGUCGAGAAGGCAGAACAAGCAGAAGAAGCAAAGCUUGCCGCAGAAGCCCAGCUGAAAGUUGCCAAGCAAGAGAACAUCAGUCUUCGAGACGAGAUCACGCAACAUGUUGAGGAAAAAAAAACAUUAUUAGAAGAGCUUGAACAUACGAAAGUGUCUUUGUCAGAAACUACAAGCAUUCUUCGAGCAACGCGACACACUGAGAAAUGUUUGACGGACGAGGCCAAUCAGUUGCUAUGUGCGUUGCAGCAGUCCAUCAAGGACACGAGUGACCUUCACUCUCAUCUUCUGAGGAACAGGGAAGGAGAUAUCGAAAGGAAGAAAGCGACCAAAACUUUCAACGGCUCUAUCGUUCGACUGUUCAAAGAAGUUUGCAUACUGGUGGACUCUUUCACUACAGUGCAUCGAGCAUUUGGAGAAUUCAUGGGAUCGUCGAACAAUACUACGUGUGAGAGAUUGCAUCAUCUUCAAGAAGCCAAUGACCAGUCACUAGAUGUAUUGACAGAAGAAGUGCAUGCAGCAUCGAAACUAUUGACUGAAUAUGUCUCUGCUGAUGGUGGGAUCGGACAAUUCGUUGACGCGACCACUUCAUCUAUAGUCGACAAGAUGAAGAGUGGCAAAGAACUCUUGGAUUCGAAGGGAAGAGAACUAUCAUCGUCUUUCGGAGGCAUUCGUGACCAGUUGAAAAAGUCUGGGCAGCACUUGAACGAGUUGAAUGCCUCUUAUCAAGCAGAAUCCAAUCAGAUGCUAAAAGAUCUAACCGAGAAGCUGUCACGCACAGACAAGGUACUUCGCAAAAUGGUACAAUCUACCAUUGAUACCCUAGAGCAACAAAAGGAAGAGCGUCUAAGAUCUACCGAGUCUCUGCAACAUGAACUGGAAGAAUGGGAUGCUGCCACAAAGAAAACCGCUGAAUCCAUCUCAUCAAUUUCAGACAAGCAGUCAUCAUCGAUUCUCGAGACUAUCGAAAUGCUUCAGGCUGAGAGGGCGCGCCACGAUGAAAUCAACAAACAGUUAGGCAGUCAAAGGGAGUUCCUCCAGGAAAUGGAUUCAAACCAGAGAAGUGUCAUAGAGAAGCAAAAUAAAGCGCUUGUUUCGCAGAAAGAAGCGUUUGUUAAGUCACAUCAACAACAGAAGGAAUUCUGCGAACAACUCGUGUCGAACGUAAUGAGUGGUGUGCAAGAUCUACUGAAAAAGCAAGUGGCAACCAUUCUUGAUGGCAGCAAACAGAGUCAUGAAUCGUUUGUCAACAGCAACGACGAACUUUUCAUGCUGAACUCUUCUAUCCAAACGUCGUCAAAUGAUAUCCAUGACACAGUUUCUUCCACCAAUCAAAGCAUUCAAUCAACGUUUGAAAAAGUCACCCAGAAUGAAUCUGUUGCUUCAACAAUGCUGGAGGAAAGUUCUAACACGUUUUCAAGUAUUCUGAAUUCAUGCCAAAGCCACAAGUCUGUGAUCGAGACCAAACGCAGACUGAUCAGCGAUAACCUUCAGUCUUCUCGGUCGGAUAAUAUCGAUACAUUGAAGAGACUAAAAGCGGAAGUAACGAGUAGCGGAGAAGAGUGUACCGAACUUGUUACGGUUCAAACACGAGAACAGCUGGCCAUUGGUAUCAAGAAGCUUACAGAUUUGUCUGCAUCAUCAAGAGCUGUUGUGCAAACUGAUGUCAUUGAGCAAACUCAGAACUCGAUUGCCACAAACAUUGAAGAACCAUUUGAAAGCAUCAUGGAAGCACUGAAGGAGACAAUGGAUGGUGCAUCUGGUGAGAUUCAGGAGGGAAGCGAAAACAUUCGAUCCUUGACUUCGAAACACAACGAUUUAGUGGAAUCGAUGUGCAAGGAUAUGGAAUCAUCAGCUGCAGAAAUGAAGACUCGCGGCCAAGAACAAGAGUCGGUGAUUAAGGAUCAUGGAAAAACUGUCAAACACGUUGUGAAGGAGCAUGAUGAAUGUGUCCUUAAAAACGUUGGCGCCAUCAAGUCUGCGAAUACCAAAUGCCAAGACAAUGUAAACGAGUUCACCGGCAGAGUAAUUCGUCCAAACGAGCCAACGCCAGAAAUCGAAGAAAAACCGCUACCCGAAUAUUCAGAGGAGCUUUCCAAGACGCCUGCUGAUGGUAUCAUUCUUCAAGGGCUCCGCAAGGAUCAAAGCAGUUGUUCUGAAAUGAGUUUUGGUUCCAGCAACAAAGAGAACAAUGACGAUGUUGCCUCAAUAUCCUCUGACGAUAGCGAUGACAAAGUUGAGAAAUCCAGAGCCAAUCAAGCGAAGAACCGCCGAGACACGUACCAGUUCACGUCGGAAGAAGCUGCGGACUGA